CUGACGCUGAAGAAGUGUCCGCUUGGAGACGCUGUUUUCCGGUGGAGUUUUCAGCUGUUUUCCGGUGACAGCAGGGGAAUGACAACAUCACGGCCCUUUUCCUAUUCAAGCUGACUGCAAAACAUCGACAAAAAGAAGCCGUCUGCGGUUGACUUCAGAGUCUGUGUUGGGAGAAUUUAUUCUUUAUGUGCCACUGGGAGAAGCAGCAUGGCAGAUGACAAGGACGUGUUGAGAGAUGUUUGGUUCGGCCGGAUCCCCACCUGCUUCCUCCUGAACCAGGAUGAGGUGACCGAGAGAGAGGCUGAGCCCUACUAUCUGCUGUUACCCAGGGUGAGCUACCUGACCCUGGUUACAGACAAGGUGAAGAAACACUUCCACAAAGUCAUAAGGACCGAGGACGCCGAGGAGAUGUGGUUCGAGUACGAAGGGACGCCGCUAAAAUGGCACUAUCCAAUUGGAGUUCUGUUUGACCUCCAUGCAUCUAACACUGUCUUACCCUGGAGUAUCACUGUGCACUUUAAGAAUUUCCCGGACCGUGACCUGCUGCACUGCCCGUCCCACUCUGUGAUCGAGGCGCACUUCAUGUCCAGCAUCAAGGAGGCCGACGCCCUCAAGCACAAGAGCCAAGUGGUCAACGACAUGCAGAAGAAAGACCACAAGCAGCUGUGGAUGGGCCUGCAGAAUGAUAAGUUCGAUCAGUUCUGGGCCAUGAACAGGAAGCUGAUGGAAUAUCCCACCGAGGACGGAGGCUUCAGAUUCAUCCCCUUCAGGAUAUACCAGACGAUGAGCGACAGGCCGUUCAUCCAGAAACAGUAUCGUCCCGUUUCCCCUGAAGGCAACGUGCACACUCUCGGUGACCUGAUGAAGGCGAUGUACCCUGUGGCUUUAUCAAACGAGGGGGAGCCGAAGCGGUUCCAGGUGGUGAUCCACGGCAUCGAGCCGCUGCUGGAGACGCCUCUGCAGUGGCUCAGCGAACACCUCAGCCACCCCGACAACUUCCUGCACAUCUGCGUCAUCCCCGUGCCCUCGGACUGAGGCCACGGCCCCUGUCACCGUGACAACAGACCAGCCGACCCGUCCCACGCCUGCUCGGUGACCCCGGCGGCGGCAGCGGCGCCAAACGUCGGAAACUCUGGAACUCUUGAAUGAGAAGGAAGCGUUACGAUGGAGAUGAACAAAGGGAUGGAGGGGGGGGGGGUUCAUAGCGAGCCUCCUUUUCCAUCUCGCCAUCUAAUUAUAUUUCUACCACGAUGAAAAGUUCUCCUCUUCCUCCUCUGUUCCCGAAAGGAGAGACACUUGUUUAGGGGGAGAGGCACCGAGGAUUUCUCCUUUUUUCUACUCACAUCUUCCCCUCCUCCCCCAACAAAUCCUAGGGAGGCGAGGAGGGGAACCGACCCCUCCAUCCUGCCACACAUCUUUCUCCUUGUCGCGAUAUUUUUUUUAGGGGAUUUGGGGAAUCUGCUCGUGCUGAAGUUGCCUUAGUUUCCACGUUUCAUGCACUUUCACCGCCCCUCCCCCUGCUGACCCCUCUGGACACACAGUUUACAUCACAGCCUGCGAACGGUCUCGCCACCCACACAGAAACUCUCCAGGAACUUCUGGUGCUUCUUUCUUUUUGUUGGAUGCUUGUUUGACUCACAUCUCAGAGGGGCGGACACUUUGGGUUUCUCUCCACUGAUCCCAGAACACUUAUUAAUGAAGCCACUUAACAAGCAGACGGAUUACCGUUCCAUAAUUAGCAUCAAAUUGCAGCUUUUUGUUCAUUUCCACCUUUUUUAAAGAGAAAUUCCAUUUUAUUUUCAGAGUGGAAAUAAACUAACACAUGUAUACGUGCUCCUCAACGGGCGAUGGGAUCUAAUACCGUGAAAGAAAAAAGGGAUUAACAAUAAAAGAUUUCAACUUCAUUGUUUUGCAGAAUGGGUGUACAUGAUUCUGUUCCUCACAGGGUGUCUUAUGAGAGCCAGCUAUUUUAAUGGAGCUACAAAAAAAAAAAAGGGUCAUGAGGAAAAAGAAUCCACACGUGUUUUCAAUAGCAGGUGUUGAUUUCUGUGCAUCAAUACAAACACAGUUUCCUGGUUUUACUGUCUGUUUUUGUCAGGUUUGGCUCGAGCCUCUUUGUCUGCAGCCAAACUUAAACGAGCAUCUGGUUUUUGUUUCAAGAACUGUUCGUGGAUAAUGAGACAGCAGGGAGGAUUAACGCUAAGUCUGCAGCUGUCGGGUUGUUUGACAUGUCUUUACAUAUGCUCUCGUUGGCAAAAGAAGACUUUUGCCAGGAUAUUAAAACCAUUAUCAAUAAAUCCCUGUAUGUUUUUGUUCUUUAGCAAAGUUCGCAUUGUACAGCAGCGUCUCGUCUUCUCAUUCAUUUUUUUUUGUACAUGUGUUCAUACUGAAAUAAAAUGUGACUCAAAGAAUUCAACUGUUAACCGGAAAUGACUUCAAAUAAAAGUUAAUUCAAUAAUC